AUGCUUCGCGACGAGUUGCCGCCAGAGAAGGGGCAGCAGAGCUUCUCUUUAUUGAGCCGAAUCCUGCGCAGCAUCGACGGCUGCAAGCUCGAAAUCGUGCUGGAUGACAAACCGGAGGAGGACAAGAUCAAGGUAGUGGACAUCUACGACAAGGUAAGCGAGCGCUUUCCGCUCUAUUCGUGGAGGGAGCCUGUCAAGGGACGCGUGGUGGUGACGCCGACCGGCUCUUCCUACUCGCAUCAGGGUGUGGUGGUGGAGCUGAUCGGCGUGGCAAGCACGUUUCGUGAAGUCGAAUCGCGCGUUGUCUUCCUCAGGCAGGAGCGCCAGUUCGAGCCAGACACGCUGAAUCAGUCGACGCCGUUCGAGUUCAUUUUCUCAGCACCGAAGGAGCAUGAGUCGUACCAUGGCAUCUACGCCAAAGUCAAGUACUGUGUACAGGCGACGGUCAAGCAACGCAUCAAGAGUGCCAGCGUGAAGGAGGAGGUGUGGGUGCACCGCGUCGACGCGGCGCUCAGCGAGUCGCAGCCUGAUGCCUCGGCGCACAUGAACUACUUCCGCGAGACGUGCUUCGGUCCUGAGUCUAUCGCGAUGAACGUUGGUGUGGACAACGUUCUUCAUAUUGAAUUCCGCUACGAUAAGAAAAUCUUCCACUUGGCGGAGCGGGUGCUGGGCAAGGUCGAGUACAAGGUAGCAGACAUGGACAUCGCGUACGGCGAGGUGGGACUAGUGCGUAAAGAGUUCCUCGCGCCUGGCCAGGCAGGCGAGACGAUGGAGUCGGAGACGCUGCAGAAGUUCGAGGUCAUGGAUGGCACCCCUAUUGUGGAAGAAGUGGUCCCCAUCCGUCUCUAUCUCAAGUCGGUGCCGCGCCUGACGCCGACGUACAUGAAUGUUGAGAACCUCUUUAGUGUGCGCUACUUCCUCAACCUGGUGCUGGUGAGUCAAGAAGGGAAGCGGUACUUCAAGCAGCAAGAGAUCCAGUUGUACCGCCGCACGGGGCAGGAGCGGCCAGCCACCUCUUCCAGCCCGGGCCCACCAGUGAAGCCUGCUUCGGGGGACGUGGAUACAAAAGGCGGCUGGAGCGCGUGA